CUGCGAGCUGAGCUGCGCCGGAGCGCCCAGCUCGUCAGCUCCCAUCCAGAUUCUUCCGCUCCGGGAUUUUUGGGAAGCACAGCUAAAGGGCGCAGCCAGGACCUGGGUCCCUCAGCCGGGGGUGUCGUGUAGUGUCAACCGGAAGUGAGUCCGAACCUGGGCCAGAAAAACUGGUGUCCUCAUCUCGCGUGGGAGGGUCUUAGUCGCCCCCUUUGGCGGUUUAGAAAACGCGGAAUAGCGGACAUCCGCGGAGCGAGAGUGGAGCGGCGCGCGCCCGCCCUGCGCAUGCUCAGUGCUGCCUCUCCGUCAGGCUCGUGCGGCUCGCGCGGCUCGCGGCUUCACGGCGGUUCGCGUCCCGCCGCCCCUCAUGGCGGCUCCCGGGACGCAAGGGGACCCCAUCCUGAAAGAUGUUGUGGCUUAUGUUGAAGUAUGGUCAGCCAAUGGAACAGAAAAUUAUUCAAAGACAUUUACAAAUCAACUUGUGGAUAUGGGGGCAAAGGUUUCAAAAACUUUUAACAAACAAGUAACCCAUGUUGUGUUCAAAGACGGGUACCAGAGCACAUGGAACAAAGCACAGAAGAGAGGCGUGAAGCUCGUCUCAGUGCUCUGGGUUGAAAAAUGCAGGACAGCUGGAGCGCACAUGGAUGAGUCACUGUUUCCCGCAGCUAACUCUAACCAACACUUACCAAGCGUAAUCCAAAAAAAGCGCAAGUGUAUGCAGCCUAAAGAUUUUAUUCCUAAAACACCAGAAAAUGAUAAAAGACUGCAAAAGAGGUUUGAGAAGAUGGCUAAAGAGCUCCAGCAGCAGAAAAGAACUCUGGGUGAUGAUGUUCCUGUUCUCUUAUUUGAAUCUAAUGGCUCCUUGGCGUAUAGUCCCACAGUUAAAAUCUUCAAUGGCCACCACAGUGCAAUGGAGAAGAGAUUGCAGGAGAUGAAGGAGAAACGGGAAAAUCUCUCCCCCACCUCUUCCCAGUUGAUUGAAAAUUCUGGUGACACCGUUAACUCUUUGUGUGAAGAAGCAUCUCUGAACAUUUCCCAUGAUACUUUGUGUUCAGAAAACUCCUUUGCUGGUGAUCUGCCCUCAUCCUUUGAUGGUUUUUGUGGAAAUACUCCAUGUGGGGAUCAGGAAAGGAAAGUGGAACACUUUGUUGAAGGAAUUAAAAGCCACGUGUCUGUUGUGUCUCCCAUGCUGAAAACACACAUUGUCCAUCCUUCAGCAUCUAUAGGGUCCCUCAAUCAGUUAACUCCUCAGAAUCUCCCCUGCAACCUUCCCAAGGAGGGAGUCCACCAGCAGCAAGGUGGCCCUGUGGGUGCUGUGAUCACUCCCAACACCAAGGUUCAGAAGGUGCCAGAUGACAAGGUUGGUUUGUCGCCUCCAAGACUGCCAGCAGGAGGCGCCCCCAUGGUCUGUUCAGGACCUGGGAGUUCCUCGGCCAAAAGGAAGAGGACAUCAGGGGCCUUGCACUCCCCGCCAGGAGGGAGGCAGAAGAGGCUGCCUGCUGGGCCUAGGCUGCAGCUCUUUGCCAAAGGGGACAGCCAGCCGCUGGUGACCGGCUCUGCAGUUAAGGCUCUGGAUGGCGGGCAGUCUGCUUACGAUGACUAUUUCUCGCCAGAUAAUCUGGAGGAGAGGCGUGCAGAGAGUCUUCCCACUGGGUACCCGCCGGCCCGCAACCCUGCCCCCCUCCAAGGCAGGAGAAGCCUCUCCCGGAGAGAGCGAGCCAGUGUCUUGGAGAUGGCCGACUUGUCACGCAUUGGCAGGGCCCCCUGCAUGGUACCUGGUCUGCAGAAGGCAGCGCUCCAUAGAACUAGGCCCGCGCUGACUCGCAUGACUUUAGGGAAAAUACCUGCAACUGAAGAGGUCCCAGGCUGCGGUCCCCAGGCCGGGGCUCCGGGAGGAGGAGACCCCUGCCCAGGUGAGGGUGACUCUUACCCUGUGGGUGAGCUCACUCCUCAGCAAGGAUGCCGAGGCAAUUUCACUCCUUUGAAAGGAAGCAGCGAAGAAGUGAAAGAAUUGAUUGACCCAAAAAGUGUGCGGAGAGAAGGUACUCUUAAGGUGCUGGAUUCCUCUGAAGAUCAAGCACAAAGUGAUUCUAAACUGAACUCUGUAGACGACUGUGAUGUGGAAACAUCUGCAGAGGAAAGGGAAACCUUGCCCCCAGGAUGCAGGGAAAGCGUUAAAAAUGGACUCACAGGGCAUGAUGUUUUGGACAGCUCAUGGGAAGCCUUCGAGGACCUCGUCAGACCUCCUGAGAAAUCACAGAAAAAAGAGAAAGGGCAAAAGCCAACAAGAACAUUAGUCAUGACAAGCAUGCCAUCUGAAAAGCAGAACAUCGUCACCCAGGUGGUGAAUAAACUGAAGGGCUUCUCCUUGGCCCAAGAAGUGUGUGGCACCACCACGCAUGUGCUGGCGGGGAAGCCCCGGCGCACCCUCAACGUGCUGCUGGGAAUUGCGCGAGGCUGCUGGGUCCUCUCCUUUGAGUGGGUACUUUGGUCUUUGGAAAUGGGUCAUUGGAUUUCCGAGGAACCAUUUGAACUGUCUAACUACUUCCCCGCAGCUCCUCUCUGCCGCCAGGAGCGCCUCUCAUCCACUGGGCAGUACCAGGGAACUCUGUUUGCCGAGCAGCCGACCAUGUUCAUCAGCCCAGCCAGCAACCCACCCAGAACCAAGCUGUGGGAGCUGGUCCUGCUAUGUGGGGGCCAGGUCACGCGAGUCCCUCGCCAGGCAAGCAUCUUCAUCGGACCCUCCUCAGGAAAGAAGAAGGCAACAGUCAAGUACCUGUCAGAAACCUGGAUCUUAGAUUCAGUCACUCAGCACAGGGUCUGUGCCUCUGAGAACUACGUGCUGGCGUGAUGGAGUCAACACUCAACCACGGCUGCUGCACACAGUCUGCCCAACGGUCCCUGGACAGUCCAGCAAGAAAGGCAGCUGUGAGGAGAGGGGUGGGCACAGAAAGGAUGCCUUUUCUGUCGUCAAGUUUGCCUUGUGUGCUGUGGUUUUUAUAUGAAGAUGCUCCUUUGUGUGGCUUUCUGAUGCCCAACUGUGUGUCUCAGAGAGGCACCGACCAGCCCCUUUGGGCCUUUUCUAUAUUAUGCCAGUCUGUGUGUCUUAGUGAUGAUCGUAAUUAAGAGGUCCUAGAACCUUUGUCAUUGGAGUGCCAUACUGUUAAAUAAAGAGUGGAAAUUA